GCUGGGAUUUAAUACUCCCAUCCCUUUCCCAUCUCCGCACAGUCUGCCUCCCUCCAGCCUCCAGCCACCGCCUCCCCUCUGCCUGGACUGCACUCGGUGCGGAGUCGGCCAGCACAAUGCCGGAACCGGAGAGAAAGUCCAAGAUCACAGCUUCACGCAAACUCAUGCUGAAGAGUUUGAUGCUGGCCAAAGCCAAGGAGGCGUGGGAACAAGACCAAGUGGACAAGCAGGGGGAGAAGGAGCGGUACUUGGCAGAGCGGAUCAUGCCGCUGCGCACCAGUGGACUGUCCUUCAACCAGCUGCAGGAUCUGUGCCGGGAGCUGCACGAGAAGGUGGAAAUCGUGGACGAGGAGCGGUACGACAUCGAAGCGAAAUGCAUCCACAACACCAGAGAGAUCAAAAACCUGAAGCUGAAAGUGCUUGACCUGCGGGGCAAAUUCAAGCGCCCGCCGCUGCGCCGGGUCCGGGUCUCCGCCGACGCCAUGCUGAGGGCCCUGCUCGGCUCCAAGCACAAAGUCUCCAUGGACCUCCGGGCCAACCUGAAAUCCGUCAAGAAGGAGGACACGGAGAAGGAGCGCCCGGUGGAAGUCGGGGACUGGCGUAAGAACGUGGAGGCCAUGUCCGGCAUGGAGGGCAGGAAGAAGAUGUUCGAUGCUGCCAAAUCGCCCACGGGCCAGUGAAAGGUGCUGCGG